GUUUGAUCCACAUGCAGCUAAAUCCGCUCUAGAUCGCUGCAGGAUAAAUGCCUAGCGGCAAGCAGUGUAGGCUGUAGCAGGGGACGCAAUGCUGCAGCCAGUGCAAGCUGUCUCAUGCAGCUGAAUUGGACGUCUUUCCCCAUUGAAACCCUUGAUUUCAGCCCGUGGUUAUCAGGCUGUAACAGCGAUUAAAUCUAUUUCGCUUGAUCUUCGCCCAGAUUCCCGGAUUCCUGCUGUUUUCUUGGGGUGCAAGCUCUUUUAUCGCCAGCUCAGCGUCAGGAUACUUCAACCACGUCCUUAUACUGAGUGCGCCGUAGUUCACUGAGCUAUGGCAGCGGCCAGUGUGGCCAAUGCUGUGAAAGUCCACAUUGAUGCGUGGAGUGAUAUUGCUUGCCCCUGGUGCUAUGUCGGAAAGGCACGACUCGAUCAAGCUAUUCGGAAUGUGGAGAUGAGGUCUGCUGGAAAGCCCUUGAAGGUGGAAGUAGCAUGGCAUCCUUACAUGAUCGACCUGGGGACAAACCCAGCGGGGGAGGACUACCUAGCCUACAACAAGCGGAGAUGGGGCUCUGGUGGCUGGACGCAAUCAUUACGAGGGUCUGGGGCCAGGAACGGGCUGAAGUUCAAAGACUGGAACCACUGGCCGAAUACGCUACAUGCUCACAGGCUCGUCGAUCUUGCGAGCAGCGUCGGGAAGGGACCCGAAGCGGAGGACGUGCUAUUCAGGAGAACGUACGAACUCGGACAGAACGUGUCUUCUUUGGACGUCCUGAUCGAGGCGGGGCAAGAGCUGGACCUCCCCGGGGUAGAAGAAUACCUGAGGUCGGAUCAGGGCCUAGCGGAGGUGAAGCAACAAGACCGGGACGCCAAAUCCCGAAUGCAGAUCCGAAGCGUGCCGUACUUUGUCCUUCAACAAGAGUACGCCCUCUCUGGGGCGCAGGACGUCAAAACCUUUCAAGAAGCUAUCGAACGGGCUGCCGAAAUCCAGUAGGAAGGAGAAAUGGUGGCGAAACGUGACCCCAUCGUACAUGCAGCCAGCUGUCACGACAACUCAACGAGAUCAAUGGUUCAGUACAGUACAGAACGUUGUCACGAGUAAGGAGGAACUCAAUUCGCUCAGUAGGGAUCGUUCAUGCAAGCACCCAAUGUCCGAGACAGCGCUGAUGAGAAGCAAGAAUCAGUAUCAAU